AUGUCUUUAACUAGCAGUUCCAUAAUUCCUACCAAAACCUUAAUCCCCUCUAACAACCCCCACCAACCUUGUUUCUUCACCACCAAACCUUCCAGAUCUAUCCUCCACAUCUCCGCUGUCCACUCCGCUGAUCCUUCCAAAUCACCACCACCCAUUAAAACACCUGCAGCAACAUCCACUAAAGCAGCAACCGUUGCACCAACAACCAAUGUGGGGACUGGAAAGUGGACUAUUGAAAGCUGGAAAUCAAAGAAGGCCUUGCAACUCCCUGAAUAUCCUAACAAAGAAGAGCUUGAUUCGGUUCUCAAAACUCUCGAUGCGUUCCCUCCAAUUGUUUUCGCUGGUGAGGCCAGGAGUUUAGAGGAGAAGCUCGCUGAGGCUGCUAUGGGCAAUGCGUUUUUGUUGCAAGGAGGUGAUUGUGCAGAGAGUUUUAAAGAGUUCAAUGCCAAUAAUAUUAGGGACACUUUCAGGAUUCUUCUCCAAAUGGGUGCUGUUUUGAUGUUCGGUGGUCAAAUGCCGGUUAUCAAGGUGGGGAGGAUGGCAGGGCAGUUUGCGAAGCCGAGAUCGGAUCCAUUUGAGGAAAAGGAUGGAGUGAAACUGCCAAGUUACAGGGGAGACAACGUGAAUGGAGAUGCUUUCGAUGAGAAGUCACGGAUACCUGACCCACAGAGGAUGAUCAGGGCUUACUGUCAAUCAGCAGCUACUCUGAAUCUUCUUAGGGCGUUUGCUACUGGUGGUUAUGCAGCUAUGCAGAGGGUAACUCAGUGGAAUUUGGAUUUCACUGAGCACAGUGAGCAGGGAGAUAGGUACCGGGAACUUGCCCACCGAGUUGAUGAGGCCCUUGGAUUCAUGGCAGCAGCUGGUCUCACUGUUGACCAUCCUAUUAUGACAACAACUGAGUUCUGGACAUCCCAUGAGUGCUUGCUAUUGCCAUAUGAGCAAUCACUUACUAGGCUGGAUUCAACUUCGGGUCUCUACUAUGAUUGCUCAGCCCAUUUUAUCUGGGUUGGUGAACGUACCAGGCAGCUAGAUGGUGCUCAUGUCGAGUUUUUGAGAGGAGUUGCAAAUCCCCUAGGAAUUAAGGUCAGUGAUAAGAUGGAUCCAAAUGAGCUAGUUAAGCUCAUAGGGAUUUUGAAUCCUCAGAAUAAACUGGGCAGAAUAACAAUCAUUAAUAGAAUGGGAGCUGAGAACAUGAGAGUCAAGCUUCCCCAUCUAAUUAGGGCCGUUCGCAGGGCUGGGCAAAUUGUCACAUGGGUCAGUGAUCCUAUGCAUGGAAACACCAUAAAGGCUCCAUGUGGUCUGAAAACUCGCCCAUUCGAUUCCAUCAGGGCGGAGGUGAGAGCCUUCUUUGAUGUGCACGAGCAAGAAGGAAGCCACCCAGGAGGAGUUCAUCUAGAGAUGACAGGCCAGAAUGUGACUGAGUGCAUUGGUGGAUCACGGACUGUGACAUUCGAUGAUUUGAGUUCACGCUACCACACCCACUGUGAUCCUAGGCUCAAUGCUUCACAAUCUCUAGAGCUUGCAUUCAUCAUUGCAGAGCGCCUUAGAAAGAGAAGGAUUGGAUCACAAUCUUCCAUUGCACCCGCAUUGCUGUAG